AAAUUUCAUAAAUAGAUUAAUUGUCUCAUACAAUUGCCGUCUUACAUAGCGUGCUGUGCCGCAUGUUGAGUGACACAGUCUGAAGAGUACUACAAGUAGGUGGAACUCAUGGAGAUCUAAGAAGAGCAAUUAUACUUGAGGCAAAAGAAGCGGGGAUCCAAAUCAAUGCGAAGGUUGUUAAGGAAACACAGCAAUUGAUUUUGGCCGUUGAAGAGGUCUUCACCCGCUUAAUGCUACAAGCUCACAUUGCAGAUGUUCGACAGACUCACGGAGAUCGAGACGUCUACGACCCAUCCGACGACAGCUUUGCUCUUGUGGAUGCCCUGGUGAAGGCCGCUGAAGAAUGGCGGAGUAAACCUCCAAGAAUAUGUGUGGAGGUUGGCAGCGGCAGCGGCUACAUCACCUGUUCUGUGGCUCUUCUCCUCCAGCAUCUUGGUAUUACAGCGCACUGCAUCUCCACAGACAUCAACCCUGCAGCUCUGCACUCAACUGAGUGCACUCUGCAGGCGCACAAUGUAGCAGAUAAGGUGGAUCUUGUCCAUACAGAUUUACUGGAGGGCCUGAGGCCUCGUUUGCGCAAGGCCGUGGAUCUGCUGGUGUUUAAUCCGCCCUACGUGCCCACACCGGAUGAGGAAGUUCUGAGGACUGGCAUUGCCCAGGCCUGGGCUGGUGGCAACAGGGGCCGUGUUGUCAUUGACAGAUUCCUGCCAAUGGUUGAGGACCUCUUGUCUCCUGACGGCCAAUUGUUUCUAGUCACAGUAGCAGAAAAUGACCCCGAAGAGAUCAUUGGGAUCAUGCAGCAAAGCGGAUUGUCAGGCGAGGUUGUCUUGAGAAGGAGGGCUGAUGAAGAGCAUCUGAGCAUCAUACGCUGUUCGCGUAAAGUUGAUCGUCAAUGAUAGACCCGGAAAGCGCUGAUCAGGGGAUUCAUGAGGUAUCUGGUGUCCCAGGCAAAGGCAAGAUUAGGCCCCAUGUGUAUUGUCAGAAAUUUCUUGCGGAGUAGAAAUCUGACUGGAAUUGUGUGCGGCUGUAUGAGUUCAGACUCCUUAAUCGAGUCUUGCAAGGAUGCUGCGGUGUCUGCACUGCAGAUUUGGACAUGAUGCUGUGCUUUUCAAGAGACAAUCCUGCACUGCUGUCCAGCCAGAGAUUCGAUACCAAACUUUGAGAAAUUACAUGCGAUUCCAUUAGCACAUCGAUAUUGCUAGUGUACAAGCCUCAUUGCAAACCAACUCCUGCUC